AUGCGGUGUUGUAACGGGCCAGAUUUGAACUCCGACCCGGAAACUCAGCUCAGAACUUCUAGCCAACAAGUCAAACCAGUGAGUUGGAGCCUACCAAGGACCCGGGCGGGAGAAAAAGCGGAACUUCCGUGUGCCAAACUGGAGAGAGAUCCGUACGGCCGCUUUAAUGUGACGAAGAACUGCACUAUUGUGGUCGCCAAUCCGCUGGAUUGGUCAGUACAGUCGGCAUAUCUGCUGACAAUCCGCAGUGGAGUCCACAACACGAGAGUCAAGGUAGAGUUGAGUGACGUUGAGGGCUAUCCUCCUGUGUAUAACGGGACGUGUGAAACUCCGGUCAACACUGACGGACAGACGGGAGAUUUACUACACAGUACACAAAAGGUGCCCGGUGUGAUGAAGUGUGUGGUUGUCUACAACGUGCCAGCUGUGACCGCUGGGCUGGUUGUGUCUGUCCGCCGGGAUGGACAGGAACCAGGUGUCAGACCACACGGUCAAGACUGUAGCUGUCAAAACGGGGCGAGCUGUAGCUCUAGCGACGGUAAGUGUAAUUGCAUCGACGGGUGGUACGGAAGGAAUUGUAACAAACCGUGUAAAGACGGUCGGUUCGGUUGGAGAUGUCAGCAGGUUUGUGCCUGUAAGAACAAUGCCACAUGUAGCAACGUGGACGGCAGCUGCGCAUGUGUGACGCCGUGGACGGGGCCGGACUGUGACCAAUGGCAGACAAGCUCAAGUGAACCGCUGCUCGAAAUCCUGGUUUCACUGGGCUCCUUAGUCUUACUUGUUGCCGUAGCGAUGGCAAUACUCUACAAAAUGGGCAUUCUGGCUUGCUCCGCACCUGACACAGGCGAGGAGGAUAAGAUACUUUUCGAGUUGAGGAGAAUGGAGCAGGAUCUAGCACAGAGUCUACAGCCGGGAUGGCUGGGACGUUGGGAGAAGAAGAUCAAACAUGUUUCUUCUGGUCCCCUGAUAGGAUUAGGAGAGUUUGGGCAAGUCAGAAGGGCGCAACUUCGCACAUCUGAGGGAGAGCUUGCCGUUGCCGCUAAGACAGUUCGCGUCGAGGACUCACAGUCCUACCGAGACUUCUACAGAGAAGCAGCCAUUUUGGUAGCUGUGCACAAAGAACGAGAUGGCGAUUAUCGUGAGUCCAACAUUGUUCGACUCGUGGGGCUCAUCACCAAGUCUGCGGUGAAGUACAUUCUUCUGGAAUAUGCACCCAAAGGUGACCUCUUGAGUGUUCUAUGCCGAAUAAGAAUCACUACUGAAGAAGACAAACUUGGAAACCUUCUUGGAUACGCAGUCCACAUAGCACGAGCUCUACAAGAGCUGGAACGCUUGAGAAUCGCCCAUCGUGACGUGGCUGCUCGCAACGUCCUCAUCACUGCCGAUGACGUGGCCAAGUUGGCUGACUUUGGACUGGCCAGAGAUGUCUACGCCACUACUCAGUAUGUCCGAUGCAACCGACCAGGCGUUGACGAACUUCUUCCGCUGAAGUGGAUGGCGCUGGAGUCCAUCGAGACCGGCGAGUACACCUGUCAGAGUGACGUCUGGUCCUUCGGCGUGCUACUGUGGGAGAUCGCCACGCUGGGGAAAGAUCCGUGCUAUGAUGGCAGGAUGCAGCUGAGCUUUCUUCAGAUGGUGGGGAUUCUGAGGCAAGGAAUACGGUUGGAGAGGCCGCCGGGAUGUCCAUAGGACCUGUACCGACUGAUGAGGUCGUGUUGGCGCGACGUUCCAGAUACCAGACCGACUCCAGAAGGGAUAGAAGAGAGGCUGCUGCAACUGAGACGUGCACUGCUUCCACAUGACGUCAUUGAAAUGGAGACUGUGGUGUAGUUUUUUUUCGCUAUCAAAUCCUGUAAAAGAAAAUGUGAAGCUUUUGUUUGCCAUUCUUAGCAUUUUUGUAGAAUCUUUCUUCGUGUGUGUAGUGCUUGUGUUGACAUUUUAAUCACUGAGUGUUGUUUUGAGGCCAUUAGUUUGAAUUGAGAGCUAGCUGUACAGAAUCUUGCUUGUUUUGCAGUGUACCAAUUCCCACAGUAACAGUUUGAUGGGUUGCUGUGAUGGCUUGAGUAUUAAGAUGUAGCUAUGUACAUGUUACAAGCUUACUUAGUCAAUGACAAGCAAAUAAAAAUGUGGAGGGUACUAGAGAUGCUUUGCAACAUGAUUUCCCAAUUAAAAAAUAAAUAUAACUUAACACAUCAUUCCUUCUUCCGUACUAUAUUUAAAGUCAAUUUGCAGUUUGAAUCCAGUGCUGUGUCUAUAUUUCACUGAUGUUGUAAUUAAUCGGUGAAGGUAUGAGACCGUUGAACUCUCGUUAUUUCUUCUAUUAAAAUGCUUUGAAUACUUAAUGUAGCUUUGAAUAGUAGUACUGGAUAAGAUCAA